UUAACCGACUGAGCCACCCAGGCACCCCUUAGGAUAGUAAAUUUUAUGUUAUGUGAUUUUACCACCAAAAAAAAAAAGAAAAAUGGAGAAAAAGAAAGAAUUAGCCUCAUGGCAACAAAUAAAAAUAAAGUAGAUUUCUGAAUUUAAAAGUAAUAAUAAACCAGUAGUCAGGACUUAAAAACAACAUGAUUUUAAAACAAAAAAAAAAUCAAAGAAACCCAAUUACAAUUACCCAAUUCCUGAAUUACAUUCAUUACGCUCAAAAGAGAUAAAUAAGUUUCAUAGGCAGGAAGUGGGUAGUCAGGAUUUGAACCCAGAUUGGUCUGUGUCUGCAGUCAGGGCACCCACUAUUUCUCACUGGGGGCUCUUUUGGGGAUUUGUGGAAGGUACCCAUCCCACGCAAUGCAGGUCACUGCGCAUUGUCCCCUUUAUCUACUGCUGCAUAACAGACUACUCAAAACACAGCGACCUAAACCAAUAACCUUUAUUUUAUUAUUUCUUGGCUCUGGGGAUUGGCUGGGCUCCGCGUGGCUUCGCAGUUCUUAGGGGCUCGCGUUCAGCGCCGUCUGACCGUGGCUGGGGCUGGGUCAUCGGAAGGCUUAUUCCCCGCUAUGUCUAGCCCCUGGAGUGAGACUCGAACAGCUGGGGCUCUCCAGGCAUUUCUCUGCCUUCCUUGGCUCUCUUCAGGGCAGCCGGACUUCAGUGGUGACUCGGGCUGUGGUGUGUGUGGCGUGCAGCUUGCUCGGCCUUCGGAGAGCAGAUUGUGGGCAGCGCUCCAGCUCCACAGUUCGGGGACUUGACGUUGGUAGCUUGCGAUCAGUCAUGGACUCCGGAGGCCGGAGAUGGGCGCCCGGCCCUCGCGGCGACGGCUGCCCGCGGACCCGCCCCUAGCCUUGGACGCGCUGCCCCCGGAGCUGCUGGUGCAAGUGCUGAGCCACGUGCCGCCGCGCGCCCUGGUGACGCGCUGCCGCGCCGUGUGCCGCGCCUGGCGCGACGUGGUGGACGGGCCCACCGUGUGGCUGCUGCAGCUGGCCCGCGACCGCAGCGCCGAGGGCCGCGCACUCUACGCCGUGGCCCAGCGCUGCCCGCCCAACAGCGAGGACGAGGAGUUCCCGCUCUGCGCCCUGGCGCGGUACUGCCUGCGCGCGCCCCUCGGCCGCAACCUCAUCUUCAACUCCUGCGGAGAGCAGGGCUUCAGAGGCUGGGAGGUAGAGCACGGCGGGAACGGCUGGGCUGUGGAAAAGAACCUAACACUGGUGCCGGGGGCUCCUUCCCAGACCUGCUUCGUGACUUCUUUCCAAUGGUGCUUUAAGAGGCAGCUUGUAGACUUGGUGAUGGAAGGAGUGUGGCAGGAGCUGCUGGACAGUGCCCAGAUCGAGAUCUGUGUGGCCGACUGGUGGGGUGCCCGAGAGAACUGUGGCUGCAUCUACCGGCUCCGGGUCCGCCUCCUGGAUGUGUAUGAAAACGAAGUGGUCAAGUUCUCGGCCUCACCCAACCCGGUCCUUCAGUGGACGGAGAGAGGCUGCCGACAGGUGGGUCCAGACUGCCUUCCAGACCACCCCACCUCCCACCUGCUCAGAUACCCUUCUCAGCCUUCAUCACGGCUGGAAGUCUCUAACAGUAACAGCCAACAACCACCGAACCCUUACUUCUGCCCGGGUACUCUUCCCAGAGUUUUGCCAACUAAUUCAUUAGCAGAGCCCCUACUGUGUGCUGGGCACUGCUCUAGGUGCUUGGGAGGCACUGCUAAAUCAAAGUCCUUGCCUCUGUCCUCAUUCUAGAGUCGAGGAAACUGAGGCAUGCAAGGUUGACUGGCCCCAAGUCACGCUAAAGCACGCAGGGCUCCCUUCACACCCAGGCCGGCUCCCAAGCCUGUGCUGAGUUAUCGCACCUAUUAUCAAAGUAACCUUUGUGGGCACCUGCGUGGCUCAGUCGGUUAAGUGUCUGACUUGAUUGCAGCUUGGGUCACGAGGUCGGGGUCGUGCGAUUGAGCCUGGUGUCAGAGCCUGCUUAUGAUUCUCUCUCUCCCUCUGCCCCCCUCCCCCUCCAGCUUGGGCGCACGCUCUAAAAAUAAUAAUAAUAGGGGCGCCUGGGUGGCUCAGUUGGUUAAGCGACUGCCUUCGGCUCAGGUCAUGAUCCUGGAGUCCCGGGAUUGAGUCCCGCAUCGGGCUCCCUGCUCGGUGGGGAGUCUGCUUCUCCCUCUGACCCUCCCCCCUCUCAUGCUCUCUGUCUCACUCUCUCUCAAAUAAAUAAAUAAAUUUAAAAUAAUAAUAAUAAUAAUAAUAAUAAUAAAAAAUCAAACCCUUGAGGUGGGCUUGUUUCCUCUUCUGAUCUCCUCCUCCCCCCACCCAACACACAUCCAGAAAGAUCCCAUUUAAAAGUGAGUCAGAUCACAAGUCUCCCCGCUUGUAACCCUCCUAGGGCUACAUCUCAGAGGAAAAGCCAAAGUUUUAUCAUGCAGCUAUAAAAAGGGAUGAAGUAUGGACCCAUGCUACAACAUGGAUGAACCCUGGCAAUGGGAGGCUAAGUGAAAAGAGGCCAGGCACAAAAGGCCACACACUGUAGGGCUGCAUGUAUAGGAAAUGUCCCAAAGAAGCAAAGACAUACAGAGAGAAAGCAGAGAGAUGAGUGGUUGCCAAGGCUAGGGGGAGGGAGGAAUUGGAAGUGACAGCUAAUGGAUAUGAGGCUUUUUUCUGGGCUGAUGGAAAUGUUCCAGAAUUAGUUGGUCAUAGUUGCAUAAUAUUGUGAAUAUACUAAAAACCACGAAAUUGUAGUUUUAAAUGGUGCAUUGUGUUAGGUGAAUAUUAUCUCAAUUAAAGAAUUUUGCAAAGGGUAAGAAAAGGCAGAAGCCAGAGUCCUUCCAUGGCCCACAAGGCCCCACAUGAUCUGCCCUUUACCUCCCUGACACCACCUCCUGUUCUCCUCUCUGCUCCAGGACACUUCUACCUCAGGGCCUUUGUGCUGAUUGUUCCUCUAUUUUUUUUU